UUCAAAUCCAAUUCAGCAGUUCUGCGAGUAAGAAGACGGCGCCACUCCGCUGAAGGGGAUGCCUGGGCUAUCUUUCAGAUGAUGGAGGGAGCGGAAGUUGCGGAGCAAAAGCGCAUCUGGGAAGAGAAGCAGGCAACCCUCCGCAGCCAGCUCAUAACCCAUGACGUCCACACUUGGACCGUUCCAGGGGGCCCCGUUUGCCCCCUUCAGGGCCCCCCCGGCAACGAGCUCCGCUUUGUGGGGGGCGUAGACGUCAGCUUCAGCCAAACAGACCCGGACCUCGCUUGCGCCGCUCUAGUUGUCAUCGACCUCACAAAGCUCCAAGAGCCGGUUCCGGGGUCCGCAAAGUUUUCAGACACCGGCGGAGACGCUGUGGUGUACGAGCGGUGUGAGUUGGUCCGCUUGGACGUGCCUUACCUGCCGGGGUUUUUGGGGUUCAGGGAGGUCCCUGUGCUCAGGCCGCUGCUGGAGGAAGUGGCGCAGGAGAGGCCUGACAUUGCUCCGCAAGUCAUUCUGGUUGACGGCAAUGGCAUCCUCCACCCACGCGGCUUUGGCUCGGCUUGCCACCUUGGCGUGGCCUGCCACAUGGCAACCAUCGGGGUGGGCAAGAACUUCUUCCACCUAGACGGCCUGACUAGCGACGGCGUGCGCGCGCGCGCAGAGGCGCGCGGUCUGCAGCCGGGCGAAGCGAUGGACAUUGUGGGGGAGAGCGGAAGGGUGUGGGGUGCGGCUUAUCGAACCCACGCCGGCAGCACCAAGCCCAUCUUCGUGUCCGUCGGACACCUACUCUCACUGGAUACCGCAGUCAAGAUCGUCCGAGCCUGCUGUCGAUUCCGGGUUCCUGAGCCGGUUAGGCAGGCUGACAUGCGGUCCAGAGAGCGCCUGCGUCAGCAUGACGUCAGGGCCGCAGCGACGAGUGGCUAGCUGCUGACAACAGCCUAGGAAAGCGGACGAUAAUACUCGAACUCCACGGAGAUGCCCCUUCUACCGAGCGGAUCAGGCGCGCCCAAUCUCUCCUUAGCCGGACAAGGGCAGGGACGCCGUACCGGUCAACAUAAUGACCGCUUCACAAAGCAAAGGCCGGGCCAGAAAUUGCAUCAUCAAGGGCUGCGUCUGGAAAGAAGGGGCUGCUGCCCGAGCGCUUAUCGCCAAGGCUGGGGUUCACUUGCAAGGCAUGAGGUUUUUGAUUGUCCUUAGAGAUGGGGCCAGCAGAUCCUUGUGACGUUUGCAGUCAGUCGGAUUGCAAAACUAGAUUGCGAAAACUGAUCCGGCAGUUGGUGGAAGAUGUAGAGAGCGUUGUGUCGUCACUUCCAAGAUUCCCUCUGCAUCAAGAGGACUCACUUGAACACGUGUUGCAAGCAACUCGAUGAUUUAGCGACAUGAAGGCCGGGUCAAUCCGCUAGAGUUUCCUGCCAGCCAUGCAUGCGGCCGUGGUUGCCGCCGCGCUUGUGGCAGGUGUGCAUACGUGUGCACACCUGCCACAUGUACGUUCCCAAAAGUUAGUUAGCUGGCGUCGCGACCAACUGACUGAGUAAUGGUUCAACUGCGGGAGGUUCAAUCGAGGAUUGUCUGAACGGUCCAUUGAAGGCUGACGAGUAAUGUAUCAAAAAUUGCCCGGUCCGCCAACGUAGCAUCGUGUGAUGAUCACAAA